AUGAUCGUUUCUAAUUACUUACCUUGGCUGGUAGUUUAUUUGAUAGUCCUCCUGAGCGUUUCCCUCGCAUUUAUUCGAGAUUCCCAUUCGAUUGUAGCAAAUUUUAGUUCGUUAAAGAGGGCGCAGGGUGGGAAUUGCUCUAUCAUAAGCAGUCAUGUUAAGAGAAGAAAGUCGCUGCAGCUGCUCCCCCCAAAUGGGGACCAGGACAGAUGUGUGAGACGGUAUCAUAUCUUUUACUACCCUGAUGAUCGUGGGGGAGGCCAUCCCCAUAGGGGGAACUCUGCAUUCGUUCGGAGUUUUAACAAAAGGAACUGCUUUUUAAAGCCAGCCAUUUUUGCAAAAAGUGAGCAACAUAAACUGUGGGCAGAUGGGGUUCGUUCAAUUGACGAACGCGUGGACCAUGCGAUGGAGGACGGUGUAAAUGGAGCACCCACAAACAGAGACAAGCACCCCCAUGAAGGAUCAGAUCAUACUCAUUGGGACGACGAAUUCGACCUCAUUAGCGACCACAUAUUAGUUAGAAAAAAUAGGAAAUCCAUAAAAGAGCUCAUGGAAGCAGGUAUUUGGGGAGCUCCAAAAGAGAACGUCAAAAUGAUUAGAGAGAGAACAAACAAAAAAAUAAAUUGGAACUACAUCCUAAAAAAGAAUAACAAACUUUUAAAUGAUAAUGUGGAUCACAUAUACAACGAAAUUUACAACAAAGAAAAUGUGGACGAUAUAUUUUUUGUCUUCGAUACGAAUCCGUAUAAUUACUUAAACGUCACCAUGAGCGUCUUCUCUUUGUAUAAAAUUACUACCAGCUACUUGAAUGAGAGAAGGCAGAGAGUGGGUUCCUCUCUUAAAGGGAGGAAGGUUAACGUGUUGCAAUCAAGUGAGCCAAGUAACGUUCCACUGAAUGCAGACCGGUCAAAUGAUAAUUUCUUCACCAUGGAUGGGGAGGACACCUACGGAGAGGUAGACGAUCGAAAUAUACUGAAACUGAAGGAAGAAAGGAGGAGACUAACUCACGUCACACGCAACAGGAACUUUAUGCGAAUAGUAGGCAGCAUAAACAAGCACCUUAAAAUUAUAUAUAAAAUAUUUUCCACCAAUGAGAAAUUAACAAAGUACGAAAAGAACAAAGACAUGUAUAAAUUUAUUCCCUACAUAAAUAUCAAGGAUAUAAUAACCAUUUUGAAAUGCUUUUCCAUUUUGAAGUUGGACCACACGAACAUUUUUAAGUACAUAUAUUUUUUCCUCGUUUUUUUUAUGGACCAAUUUGAUAUGUUCCUUCUGUGUGAGGCCGUUUACCUCUGCUUGGUGAAGAAGAUUUACGUCCGCCCGCUCUUUCUGAACUUUUCCAAGCAUCUUCUAAGGUACCUGCAGAGGGGCGAUCAGGAAAAGAAUACUGAAAACAGUAUUGGAACCGUUGAUGCUGUCACGAAGGAUGACUCUAUCACGCCUGCUGAUGAACAGGCCUCACCCUACGACGAACUAAACUUGGAAACCUUCCGUCGCAACAUGGAGCAAGCACUGCAUAGGGACGACCCCGAACCGGAUCACUUUGCCUCCUCCCCCUUUCACAUGAAGCAUUUCACCUACUCCAUCUACCACGACGCCAACUACUCCUGCUUGAACAGUUCGCAAGAUGAGUUGGCGAAGGAAAAGGCACAAAAAAGUGAAGAUGUAAAGAAUAGAUAUGCUGCCCAAGAUUUGAGACACGCCAAAAAGGAGUUCAUCGAUUCGGGAGAAGUACAAAACAAAUCGAAGGAACAAACAGAUGUGAUGUCCCCCCUGGUGGAUAGUCGACGCAUCUGCUUCCCUGUAUACUGUCUAUACACCCUGUGCAAGUUCCCCUACACAAAUAUACAAAUAUUAAAUAUCGUCACGUCUCAAGUUAUGGCAAAAGUACCAGAGCUAAGCAUAGAAGAACUCAUCCUAUCCUUUUACAGUCUUGCUGAGUUUGAGAUCGACAAUCCAAAACUUUUGAAUGUCCUGUUUUUGCAAAUUUUUAAGUGUCUUCACUUUUUAGAUUAUAGAAAUAACGGUCUGGUUACGAAGCUGAUAAGGGCGUUGUACUUGGUUGACGGGGAUAUUUCUCCUCCUCCAGGUCAGGAGAAGCGCUGUGAAGAGGUAAAAACGCUCAUGGUUCAUUAUCUAGCCAAAAUGGUCCUCCAGAAUCGAAACAACUACACGCCGAUCGAACUGGUGGACAUCAUUCGGUACAUGUCAGCUUUCGCACACAUCGACAGGGAGCUCUUCAACUUUGUCUAUGAAAUGCCUUUUUUAAAAAAUUUAAACCAAGACACGUUGGACUAUUACAAGAACAACGUCUACUUUAAUCAGUCCUAUUAUGCCUACACGAAAGACAGCAGCGUUAACACGCCUAUUGAAAUAAUGGUGUGUAAGCUGUACCAGUCGUACUUGGCGUACCGCGCAUGGGGGGUGGAAUCACCACAGAAGGAUGACACAUCCACCCUGCAAACCAUUCGCACUAAGAACGAUAAGGUGAAGCCAUUUCAGUAUGGACCAAAACUACUGCAGCUGUUCAAGCAAACCUACACAAACAACAUGCGAAUAUCCUCCUACAGCUCCUCCUCACUGCACUACGAAAUGGCAGAUAUAAUUAAAAAAGAUUUAAAAAUUCCUUGCCAUGUAGAAUACGUAACAGACAAGGGACUGUUCAUUGAUAUUGUGAUACUUAGAGAGGACUUGGUAAAAUUCGAUGCGUCCCUUUCUAGACUUCGUGACAUCGCCAUAGAGGUGAAUGGCCCGUUCCACUACAAGACCAAGUCGUACAGUGGGGGAAUUCCACCCCUCAACACGAAAACGGUCGUCAAGCAGAGGCUGCUCGAGCACGACAACUGGCACGUCAUCUCCCUCCCCUUUUGGGAGGUGAAGCCAUGGUUCAGCAAGAGCAGAAAGGAAAACUACAUCAUGAAAGUUCUCCCCGAUGAACUGAAGUCCUUUUUCAGUGACAAAGUCGGGGCGUCCUAA